GCUGUUUUUCCCACCUAGUAACCCCGCGUGCGAAUACGGGGUGGUCGGGAGAGGGCUCAGCAGGGUGAUGAGCAAUUUUUGUAAUGUGCUGUAGAAGAAGUGUGAACUCGGAAAAUAAGCAAAGUGUAAAUGUAGUAGAAAUUGUAUGUCAAUGUAAGAAAAAUGUAGCUGAGAACUCGGGAAUACAGAUGUGGAAAACGAAAACGAAAUUGAUUCAAGACGCGCACCAGUACCUGUGCAAAGACGAAAUGCAAAGCCAAAUACGAAGACGAAGUGCAAAACCGAAUAGGAAGUGCAAAUCAAGGAAAAAAGUUUCAUUUCAGUAUGGCCUACAAAAAAGAAACUUCAGAGCUAUUGCCUUGCCCUCCGUAACUAGGCUUCCUGCUGCCCCCUCCAACGUACUUAAAGUCAGAUCAGUUUCACUACCCCGGCUCAGGCAGCUCCAUACGACCUGCAUUUUUCUCAAAAGGAUCCUGCCGAAACGAACAAACCAAACUGAACUAAAUUUGUAUCUGGACGACUACGUAGCUCAGGGAAAAAAAGCGCCGAUGUGAUGAAAACGCUGAAAGUACUUUCUCCAGGCAAAGUACUUUACAAGUUGUACUACAGCAAUGAAGAUGCAGUCGCAUCGCGACAGCGGGACGCCGUGAGGACGCUCGCGAAACAAGCUUACUGUCGAGUGCGUUCGAAGUUGGUCUCGCAUGCAACUAGCCCGAAGACUGUACCAUGUUCACUUUAGGGUGAACGUGAAGAUUCGUCAUCGUUUCUCAUCUUCAUUCUUCUUUCGUCUUGCAGAAAGCAAGCACUUGCAAAAUCAUGUAAUUAUCGUGCGAAAAAA